CCUCUCGAGCGAAUCGGCUGUUCCCGCGGCCAAGAACGCGACGGAAAGUGACGGACAGGGCUGAGACGUUUCGAGCCGACUCGGCUCCCGUAGUUUUCGAACUUCUACCGCGGACUCCCUCUAUGGUUUGCUUCCUGGCCGCAGCGCUCAUGGACUCUCUCGGCUAGUAUGAAUUUCUUCUUCUGCCUAAUCGCUGUGGGGGGUGUUGCCGCCUUCGUAGUGCUGCGGCUGUGGCUGGUAGUCGGCUUCCGAAGAAAGGGGCUAAAGACAGUGUCCGUCAGGGUGCUGGUGGUGGCCGGGUCCGGUGGGCACACCUCAGAAAUUCUGAGGCUGCUGGGAAGCUUGUCCAAAGACUACAAUCCAAGGCAUUAUGUCUUUGCUGACACCGAUAAGAUGAGUGCUAUAAAAAUUCGUAUGUUCGAAGAGAAGAGAGCUGAGAGAGAUUCUGAAUCCUUGUACACGACUCACCGCGUGCCCAGAAGUCGCGAGGUGCAGCAGUCUUGGAGCUCUUCCGUGUUCACAACCUUGUAUGCCGUGUGCUACUCUCUUCCUCUGACUUUUCGACUCAAGCCAGACUUGGUGUUGUGUAAUGGCCCAGGAACAUGCGUUCCUAUCUGUGCAUCUGCCCUUCUUCUUGGGAUACUAGGAAUAAAGAAAGUGAUCAUUGUCUACGUUGAGAGUGUCUGCAGAGUGGAAACCUUAUCCCUUUCCGGAAAGAUUCUUUACCACUUUUCAGAUUACUUCAUUGUUCAGUGGCCAGCCCUUAAGGGAAAAUAUCCCAAAUCUGUGUACCUUGGGCGAAUAGUUUGACAGAGAACAAAUGGUGUUUUCAGAUUUCUACAGUCACCUAUGGUAUUUUUUUAUAAUAGGUAAGAAAAGAGUUAUAAAUAUAGACUUUCUAAAAUGUCAAGAAAAUUACUAGCCUUUGUAAGGCAACCGUAUGAUUAGUAAACUCAGCAGCCUAUUUUCCAAAUUGGAUUUCAGUUAAGCAAGAAAAUAAACUUGAAAACAAUACCGUGA